GUAACUUCUGGGUUGGGAACUUGUGAGUUUUGUAAUUGUAACCGAGCAUUCCAGCUUCAUUGGGAGCCGCAGGGCACUCCCUAGUCCCCCAAGUUGGCAAGCUAGGAGUUGCGUCAACACAUGGUAGCUGGGUACCUGGGUACUUGGGCAUGUUGCAGAUAGAAUGGGAGCUGGGUCCGUGGGGGAGCCAGACCUUCGAAGGAGCCGGGUCGAGUGAAAGUUUUGGACUCCAAAAUUUCCCCAUGGCCCUUGCUGUUCGGCAAGGGUCUAGCUAAUUUUUUUUUUUUUUUUUUUUUUUUUUUUGGAAAUGGCCGGGCCAUUUAGGAAUUUAAGACUACAAAGUUUUUUCAUGGCCCUUGCCGUUCGGCAAGGGCAAGGGUCCAGCUAUAUCUAUUUUUUUUUUUUUUUUUUUUUUGGUUUUGAAUGAUUUGUGAGCUAGGCCUUUUUGGAUUGGGCCUUCGGCAAGUCGCUAGAGUUGGGCUCAAAGUGGGCUUUGGCAAGGAAAAGGGCCCUAGGGUUUUAGGGUGAGGGGGUAUAAAAAUAAGGGAUCCAUCAUGCCGUUCGGCAGAGUGCAUUCGGCAGCCUUGGUAGCCUUUGGAAUUGGGAGUAAACAACUUGGAGAUUGAUCUUGCCGUUCGGCAAGUUUUGGCAAGGAUAUUUGGAGUGCUUGGAUUUUUGUUGUUGGAGUGCUAGGGGUAUCAUUUCGGCAAUUUAAAGAGCUAGGGUUUGAGGGUGUCGUUCGGCAAGGGGGGAGAAUAGGGUUUGGAAGACCCUUGCCGUUCGGCAAGGGUGAUUGGAAAUUCUUUUUCCUGUCUUUGGCAAGCUGGAGCAAGGCGCGAAAAACUGCACCCGAUUUGACUUGGAAGACCCUUGCCGUUCGGCAAGGGUGAUUGGGUAGUUGUCGAGUUGUGUGGUGUUUCGGCAAGGGAAGCUGGGCUGUGCAGCUUCGGCAGGGUGUAGCACGAGUGAUUGGGAGCACAUCCGAGUGGUUGGCCCUUGCCGCUCGGCAGGUCUUGGCCACGGAGCUGCUGGUCAGAGGUCGAGUAAGGCGGCUGGUACUUCGGCACGGUAGUCCUUCGGAAGCUUGUGCUUCGGCAAGAUUUGAUUUUGUCAUCUUGCUGAACGGUAGGUGCUGCGGGCCUAGGAUUAGAAAGAAAUUUCCUUGCGGGCCAUCUUGCUGCGAGCAUAUCAACUGUGGCUGGACAUUGCCGUUCGGCAAGGUAGGUUGGAAAGGGGUCGUUGCGAGCAAACCUAUUGGUUCUAGGUCCUGUCUGUGGCUUCGGCAAGUGGGCUGGAGUUUGAGCAGGGCCUGGUGCGGAUCCGCGUGAGGUAGGCUUCGGCAAUAAUUGGAGCUGGACGAGGUGCAGUUGAGGUGCUGCGGAGAUCGAAGUGGAGCUGCGACUGAUCUUGCCGUUCGGAUGAAGGGGCUGGGCUGUUGUUUCGGCGGGCGCAGCGAGGCUGUGCUGUCCGAGGAGUAGCUGCUGUCCGAGGUAGUGUGUUGGCUGUGUUCACGCUUCGGCAAGGGUGAUUGGGCCUAGCUGGACGAGUGGUCUUCACGAGCUGGGCCGAAAAAUAGCUGGGUGUGGAGAGUAGUUUGGCCGAAAAUAACUGGGCCAAAAAUAGCUGGGCCGUCCAUAAGGCAGGUACAAGGGAUUUAGGAGGGAAUAUGAAAGGGUGCUAGGGUUUGCUCGUGAAACGAGGCGUGGUACCCUUUGUUGGCUAUUUAAUAGGAACUUGGGUGGUGAAGGCAUCACACUUGGCUUGAGUUGAGAAAAAUUGUGAGAAUUUGAGGAGGAGGAGAAGAGAUUUCCGGCGAAGGUUUUGUGGUGGUGCUUGUGGCUGAGGUGAUUUCCGGCGACUUGUACGUGGUGGUACGAACAAGGUUCAGUGAAGUGGGGCCCUAUCUCCAAGGAGCAAGAAGACGAAGUUGAGUGGGUGAGGGCGCAGCUAUCAGAGACUGAGCGUGAGUGCGGGAACCUAGUCACGCAGAAGAAUUUGUUUGAGUCCGGACUGCUGCAAGGAAUGGCUGGCAUCAUAAGGGGGAGCACGAAGGUGGCCGUAGACAUUGAUGAGACCGAGAUGCAGAAGCGGCUGAGGGAGUCUCGGGCCAAGAAAGCGGAGAAGAGUGCUGGAAAACGACCCAGGGAUGAUGAUGAAGGUCGGGUCGCGGACGUGCUAGGGAAAAGGAAAGCCUUGGAGGAGGCUCAUCAGCGUGUGAUGGGGUCAGGGCCGAGACUGCCGCCUUUUGAUCUGCAGGCACCGCCGAAGCUACCCUUCGGCAUGGAGGACGUGUUCGCUGAAGGGGUAGAGAAGGUAGACUUCGGCAGGCUACGCCAGCAGAAGAAGGAGGUCAACCUGGCUAUGCACCGGCAGGAGGUGCCUUUAGUGAACGUCUUCCUGGAAGGCGUGAAGAGCGACCCUGAGGCUCUGGCGAGGACUCCAGCUUCUUCCUUCAUUGACCGGGCCCAAAAGACGAUCCUCACCUCUGCCUAUGCCUUUGGCGAGAUGUACGUCAGCAUGGCCAAGGCUGACAAGGAGAUCCAGAGGCUGAAGAGGCGGGAUGAACAAGCCAAGAGCAAAGUGGCGGAGGCGCAGGAGGCUAUCCGAGAGAAGAACGCCUUGCUGGUGCAAAAGGCGGCCCUGGCCAAGGAGGUGGAGGAGCUGAAGAGGUCGAAGGCCGAGGAGGUGGCUGCUGCCCGAGUCGAGGCGAUUGAGUCCUUCCGAUCCUCGGAGGAGCUGAAGAGCUAUAUCAUGGACCGACUGGUUGAUGAGCAGCUUCGCUGGGAAGAUAGGUUGGUUAGGUUCAACCCCUCGGUGGAGAUUAACUUUGACACCAGUGGCGAGCCUCCUGCACAGACCCCGCCUGCUGAUGCUAGCGCCCCGACACCAGAGGCUGAGCCGGCCACUGAGGAUGCCCCUUCGACCGAGUCCUGAAGGCGUUGCCUUCGUGAUGUGUUAUAGCUAUUUUGUACUCUAGUGAUUGUGUUGGAACACUUGUUUGUUUUGUUUAUUUUGGUUAUGUAUGAACAUUUGUCCUUG